AUGGCUCCUCAGGCAGCGCUAUCAAAGGCCCUGCUCGCAUUGCGAUGCGCCGGCUCACGACCUGGAAUCCGACGAUCCGCCUGGGCGCUGGGCCAAGCCCACAGAGCGCGCGGCAUAGCGACUUCAUACUUGGAAAAGGUUGCCGAGGGCGAGAAGCGGUGGGAGGAGCGGGCGGUCAAGAUUGAGAACGGCGAGCAGCCGCAUGUGUGGGAUAUUCUCGACGAGAGAGGCUACAUCAAAGAUGUCGCGGGAACUCCCGACAAGAUCAAGGAACUCAUGCGAGUCAAACGAAUAGGCGCCUACGUCGGUGUUGAUCCCACGGCAGACUCGAUGCAUGUCGGACACUUGCUUCCCAUGAUGCCCCUCUUCUGGCUGUGGUUCCACGGCCACCCAGCUGUGACUCUUCUCGGAGGCGCAACCGCUCGAAUCGGUGACCCGUCAGGCCGCUUACAAUCCCGCGAGAUCAUGUCCAAUUCGGAUAUUUCCAAGAACGUCACCAAGAUACACUACCAGCUGUCGAGGCUAUGGCACAACGUGUCAGCCCUGAGAGACAAGUACGGCUACGAGAAGGAUUGGGCUGCGAAACAGCGCCUGCUCAACAACAGCAUGUGGCUGCAGGGCUUGACCAUGUAUGACUUUACCAAGAGGCUCGCGAGAUAUACCAGAAUCGGGCCAAUGUUAACGCGCGACACUGUCAAGAGGAAAAUGACAGAGGGAGAUGGCAUGUCUCUGGGCGAGUUCAUGUACCCUCUCUUCCAGGGCUGGGAUUUCUGGCACAUGUACAACAAGCUGGGCGUGCAGAUGCAGAUUGGCGGCUCGGACCAGUACGGAAACAUUGUCGCCGGUAUCGAUGCCCUGAAGAUUAUUCGGGAAUCGGAGGAAAUGCCCGAAAUGAAGAUUCCUUCUACUUGGACACACGAACCUGUCGGUUUCACCGUGCCACUGCUUACAGAUUCUUCCGGCGUCAAGUUUGGUAAGAGCACGGGCAACGCAGUCUGGCUGGACGAAUUCAAGACAUCGCCGUUUGAGCUCUACGGCUACUUUAUGCGACGGCCCGACGAAGAUGUCGAGAGCCUUCUCAAGCUAUUCACCUUUAUGCCAAUGGCCAAGAUCCAAGAAGUAAUGGUUGAGCACCAGGCUGAUCCGUCAAAGCGCCUUGCCCAACACACGCUGGCGUUCGAGGUUUUGUCUCUCGUACACGGCUCUCAGAGGGCCGUGCAGGAAGCCCGGCAGCACCAGUUCCGCUUCGGCGGGCAACUUCCUUACUUCAUCAGGGAACCUGCCCCCGACACGGGCAUCUUGACGCCAAACACGGCACCGAGAAGUGACAUUGAGCUUCCUCAAUCUGUACUGAAACUGUCACCCGCAAAGAUCCUGUACGCAGCUGGCCUCGUCAACAGCGCCAGCGAGGGUCAGCGCCUCGUCUCGCAACAGGGCGCCUAUGUUGCUGCCAGACCUGGUCAGCAGCGGGGUCUCGUGCCGGGGAACCUCGACUGGACGCCCAUGAAGAUGUGGUUCCCCGAGGAAACGACCAAGUUUGUCAUUGACGACAAGCUGUUGAUUCUGCGAAAGGGCAAGCACAACAUUCGCAUCAUUGAGCUCGUCAGCGACGAAGACUGGACGGCGAGUAAGAAGAUUUACCCCGGCCAGCCGUAUAGUGGCGUGAUUCGACAGGUUAAAGAGCAACUCAGAGCAGAGGCCGAGGAGAAGGGUGAAACCUUGAGCGACAGGAAGAUUGUUGUGGAGCUCAACAGGAGGAAGAGGGAAGAGUCUGUCAAGGUCGCGAAUAACCCCGACAUUGAGCUGCCGAAGAGGGUGCCCGCGUACCUUAAACGUGGCAAGGUAAAGAAGGAUGACACGUGGAGGCGAUAG